UUUGGAAUUGGAGGAGCUUUGUGGACUGGAAAAAUUCAAAAUUGACUAGAAUAUCGAUGCUGUAUCCUCAUCCACCAGCCAGCUGACAAAAUGGUCACAUAAAUAACAAAACGUAUGCGAAAACCGCCCGCCAUGAUUGAUUGAUUAUUGAAUAAUGAAUAGAUUGAAGGAAGAAUUAUUUUUGUAAUUAAACUAAUUAUUACUGAUCAUUCUCAGCUUUUAACCCGGCAAUCUCUCAAGUUUCGUUUCGGUUUCCUCGCCAGCCUGUUUUUUAGAAGAUGACGAAACACGAUCAUAAAGAUUCCGAUGUGGAAGAUGGAGUCGACGGUGACAGCAACGAACCAUCCGUGUCUCGUUUGGCGAACCCGAUCAAAUUGAGCGACAUCAUGUCGAAGUGUCCGGAAUUCUCCAUCGCCACCGAAGAAGAAGCAGACCGUGAAGAGGAGUUGGACAUGAUGUCCGUUUACCCGUAUGAGGAGCUCGAGCCAUAUAUAUUGACCGAAAAUCUAGAUGUCGACUCCGAAGACGAAGGCGAUGGAAAGAACGGUAUUCUACCCUUUUCUACGUAUCAGAGAAAGAUGGAAUGUCUAACUGAUGAUGGUAAAGUGAAAAAGCUGCUGGAAAGAUGCGGAAGCGGUCCAGUCGUGGGCAAUAGUAGUAAAUGCGUUGUUUACGUACAUUAUCAAAUGUACAACGAUCAUAACGAGGUUCCUUUCGAUGCAUCGAGAUUACGUCAAAAAAAACCGUACUCGUUUCGUUUAGGAUACGAUUCAAUGAUCGUAGGAAUGGUUAUAGCUAUCCAAUCCAUGAAAAGGGGAGAACAAUCGAAGUUUUUGUUAGAUCCUGAGUACGCCUACGGCAAAUUGGGUGUGCCUCCGAGAAUCCUGCCAAAUACGACCAUCUUGCUCCAUCUGGAACUGAUUGAUUUUACCGAAAAUGAGGAUGUGAUCGCCCGCCAUGGGAAAGACGAUGACGAAAUUCAGGAAAAAAGAACGUUCGAAGAAGUUCUACACAGUUGUACGAAACUACGUCAACUUGGCAAUAAAUUGCAUAAACAUAGGAAAGACGUCAACGGCGCUAUCAGAGCUUACCGAAGAGCGAUAUAUCAGUUAGCUCAGUUUCAUUAUACGAACGACGCUGAGGAGAACGAAGGCAGAAGAGCGAUGCUCAAGUUGUAUACGAAUUUAUGCGUUUGUUUGAAUUCUAAAAAUGCAUCUAGACAGGCUUGCACUGCGUAUAACAACGCUCUCCACGAUUGUCCAGGAUUAGCUCAAAAUUGCCCGAAACUAUUGUAUCAGUCAGCUAAGGCUCUGAAAACUCUCGGUGACUUCAAAGAGGCGCAAGCACGUUUGAAAAAAGCUCUGAAAAUUAAACCCGACGAUGAAGAUAUAUUAAGAGAACUGGAUAAGUUGACCAAAGAUAAAACACUGAAUGACCAGAAAGAAAAAAAGAUGUACAAAACUAUGUUCGGAUUCCGCAAAAAUGAUGCUACCGAGGAAGAAGAUGAAUUCGACGAAACUGUGAAUGCCCUAAACGACGAUUUCAAGAAUAUGAUUAUUUCUCAAAUCAACACCAUGAUGGAAUCGGACCAAGAUUCGUUGAAGCUUUCCUUUGGAGCUACGCCGACUGAAAAAGAAUACUGCCAGAUGGUUUGCAAAAAGAAUCAUCUCUCUUUCCGAGUGAAUAAAACCGAUGGUGUUGAAACGUUUAUUAUUACCAAAAAGUCAUAAGUUUAAUUCGCAGAAAUGCGACGCGUGUUUUUAUAUUAAUUUUACCAGUUUAUACUUCUGUAAAAGCGAUAUUACGGCUUCAGUUUUUCUACGAUUUUUAUUUGUUAUUUUUCAACUUUCAUUUUAAGAAUUAUAGAAAUCGUUCAUUUUGCAUUUUACUAUAUAUUGUUAGAGUCGAAUAAAAUCAUUGAUAUGAGUGGUA